UGUAGGGCGGGACCGGUAGUCCUCCUGGCGGAUUUUGUCUUUUCAGGUUUUCCUCUCAGGCGGUCGGGAGUUCUUGGGCUCAGUCCCGUGGAGAAGGGCAAAGAGUGGUGCUCCGGCCUCACAGCCAAUGGUCGGAGCCGCCAGUGGUGCUCACAGCGCACAUGUAGGAUUGAAGCUCCGAGUCGCCACACGGACCCACGCCAGGGCCGGGACGGGGACCGCCAUUCCCGCAGCGGCUUCUACUCCCGCCCGGCUCAGCCCACAGAGGGCAAUGGCGGCGCCCCCGCUGCGGAGCUUCGCUGAGGUCGGUGUGACCUUUGAGGACAUUGCCCUGUACUUCUCCAGGGAGGAAUGGAGCCUCCUUGAUGAGGGUCAGAGACAGCUGUACCUGAAUGUGAUGCUGGAGAACUUUGAACUUCUAUCCUCCCUGGGUUGCUGCUGUGAUGCAGAGAAUGUGGAGGCCCCGACAGAACAAAAGGUUUCUGUAAGAUUGUCACAGGCACGGAAUCCCAAGUUAGCCUUGUCUUCCCAGAAGAGCCACCCCUGUGAGAGUUGUGGGCUAGUCUUGGGAAACAUUUUCCACGUGAUGGAGGGUCAGGAAACACAACACAGACAGAUACUGUUGAGGUGUGGGGCGUGUGCAAAAUGGUUUUAUUUCCGUGCAAAAUUUCACCAGGAACAUGUGAGAGAGAAGACUUUCACUAGAGGUGUGGACAGGAUGUCACUUGCAAACAGCUGCAAUUUCAGUGUGUGCCAGAAUCGUUUCACAUGCGGGGAGGUUGGGCUUAGUGUACUUACUGGGUCAGGACAUCUCCACCUAAAGGCUACUCAGACCAGGGACAGUCCAACUGCAAUUUCGACAUGUGGUAAUACAUAUCAAAGGAGAAAAAAUUUUUAUAAUAGAAAAAAAUGUAAGAGAGACACUAGUUGCACCCACACGUUUAUUCAGGAAACGGAUGUCCAUCUUGGAAGUCGAUGUUUUAUGUCCUCUGAAUGUGGAAAAUAUUUUACCAAAUUUUCUAGCUUUCAUUAUCAACAGAGAGGUCAUACUGGAGAAUGGCCUUAUCACUCAAGUGAAUGUGGGAAAUCUUUUACCGAGAGCCCUGCCCUUUGUAAUGAUCAGACACUUCAUAAAGGAGAAAAGCCUUAUAAAUGCAGUGAAUGUGAGAAAUCUUUUACCGCUAAGAACAUCCUUCUGCAACAUCAGAGAUUUCAUACGGCAGAAAAGCCUUAUAAAUGUAGUGAAUGUGGGAAGUCUUUUAUUGCUAAGAGCAUCCUUCAUCGUCAUCAGAGAGUUCAUACAGGAGAAAAGCCUUAUCAAUGCAGUGAAUGUGGGAAAGCUUACACCACUAGCACUAAUCUUUCUUAUCAUCAGAGAGUGCAUACUGAUGAAAGACCUUAUCAAUGCAGUGAAUGCAGAAAAUCUUUUACCACUAGCACCCAACUUCGAAUUCAUCAGAGAGUUCACACUGGAGAAAAGCCUUAUCAAUGCAGUGAAUGUGGAAAAUCUUUUACCUAUCGCAGUGGUCUCCAAUAUCAUCAGAGAGUUCACACUGAAGAAAAACCUUAUCAAUGCAGUGAAUGUGGAAAAUCUUUUAUCACUACGGCCGACGUUCAUCAACAUCAGCGUACUCACAGUGGAAAAAAGCCUUUUAAAUGCAGUGAAUGUGGAAAAUCUUUUACCCAGAGCACUACUCUUCGUUUUCAUCGGAGAGUUCAUACAGGAGAAAAGCCUUAUAAAUGCAGUGAAUGUGGAAAAUCUUUUACCCAGAGCACUACUCUUCGUUUUCAUCGGAGAGUUCAUACAGGAGAAAAGCCUUAUAAAUGCAGUGAAUGUGGAAAAUCUUUUACCCAGAGCACUACUCUUCGUUUUCAUCGGAGAGUUCAUACAGGAGAAAAGCCUUAUAAAUGCAGUGAAUGUGGAAAAUCUUUUACCCAGAGCACUACUCUUCGUUUUCAUCGGAGAGUUCAUACAGGAGAAAAGCCUUAUAAAUGCAGUGAAUGUGGAAAAUCUUUUACUACUAAAACCAUGCUUGAUCGACAUCAGCGAGUUCAUACUGGAGAAAAGCCUUAUAAAUGCAGUGAAUGUGGGAAGUCUUUUAUGCAGAGCAAUGCCCUUCGUAAUCAUCAGAGAGUUCAUUCGGGAGAAAAGCCUUAUCAAUGCAGUGAAUGUGGGAAAUCUUUUACCACUAAGUACAUCCUUCAUGAACAUCAGAGAGUUCAUACAGGAGAAAAGCCUUAUAAAUGCAGUGAAUGUGGAAAAUCUUAUAAAAGUAGCAAUGGUCUCCAAUAUCAUAAGAGAAUUCUUAGAGGAAAAAAGCCUUAUAAAUGCACUGAAUGUGGGAAAUGUUAUAAAGGUAAAAGUGGUCUCCAAUAUCAUCAAAGAGUUCACAAUGGAGAAAGCUAUUAUACGUGCAUUUAACUCUAGUUCUCAUGUGAAGAUGGAUGCUUUGAGACAUAGAGAUCACUCCAAAGAUGGGGUAGCUGUGACA